GCCCUAAAUUAAGUACUGAACCCGAAUCGCUAAGAAUCAGCUCCCUUCACCCGGGUCAGGUUUGCAAAGCAGAUCCGUUUCUGCUUCCAUUUUGUUCCAGCUUUCAAGCUUCUAGGUUGUUGCUCAGACGACGGAGAGGAUCCCUCACUCACACAAAACCCCAAAACACAGACACCCGAGAGAUGGCAGUGAUGGAGAAGCUCAGGAUGUUCGUCGCUCAGGAGCCUGUCGUCGCAGCUUCUUGCCUCAUCGCCGGCGUUGGUCUCUUUCUUCCAGCUGUAGUAAGGCCAAUUCUUGAUUCCUUUGAAGCUUCUAAGCAAGUCCCUCAGCCUGCUUUAAGCGAUGUGGUUGCAGGUAUGACAGGUAAAAAAUAGGGGCGAUAUGAUUCAUUGGUACAGGCGAACGAUCGCCCUUCUUUUAUUUUUGCCAUUUUUCAUGAGCAUUGAAAUAAGCCUGACAAUCUUGUGCGGAGAACAUAGUGAUGCUGCAUGUUGAAUAUUAUCCUUUUUGUUGUAAGCAUGUGACCGGUUUCCUUGUCACGUUAACUUUGACUAGCCGAAGCUGCUGCUGUUCUUGUUGAUUUGAAGCCCAAUUUAAAGCUUAAUGAAUGCAUGCCGAACAUAAGUGCCUGCUUCCAUUUUA